ACAGGCGGCAGGUACGCGAAACUCACACGCACCUGUUGCUUGUUAUCUGUUGUGGUGGUGCACCCCACCCAGUGGUAUGCCGGCGGUUGCGGAUGCUACAGUGUUAUGUUUUGAACUUUUCUAUGUGUCAUUGUGCUUGUAGGGGAAGCAGGUCGUCCAACGGCUCGAUUUGAUUCAAACUCGGUCGUUAUCAACAUGACUUUGCAAAUCUUCGGAAGCACCGCUUUGGGAGUUACGGCGUUCUUGUGCUUGUUUACUUCAGGUGCCACGAUUAAAUGCUACGAAUGUGACUCUAAUGACCAGUUGCACUGCUCGGAGCGCUGGGAUAUGGGUCUUAUUGGAGACGUCGAGCCUCAGAAUUGCAGCUACCUGCAUGAAGCACGUUACUGUAUAAAGGCUACAGGCAUGUACAAAGGCCGUAUCGGCACCUUCCGCUUCUGUUCCGCCCGCGACUGGGGUCACUACUGUGACUACACCAGCAGGCCAGGGGAUGAAAGGGAAUACAGGGCAUGCAUGUACACCUGUUAUACGGACGGAUGUAACAGUGCGCCGUACAGUGCAGUGGCAUCGACAUUUCUACUCAUGCUCUCCGUCCUCUUGUCACUUGCUCUGGUGAAGGGAUGCGAUUGGCACUGAAAAGCCUGCCCCGUGACGAAACAGUAUUGCCAACAGUGCUACCACAUAGUGCUCAAAGAUGAAGGACUAUUGCUACAAGAAAGAAGCCCCGAAGGACUAUUCCAGCAGGUGCUCUGCAAGAGGCUGUUUCGGUCGGCACAGCGUACCAGUCAGUGUUUCUUGAGCCCUCGAAGGAACAGCAGCUCUGUGCACGUGUAGCUACUCAGAGUGGUUAGUAGGUGGCUGUAAUAGUCGUGAAUUUCAAGGGAAGGACACCUUUCCACAUGAAGUUUGUGUCCACUGACACAUGAUGAGGGAGAAUCUCCUUUUUGGGUACAGGUCCUUUUCGAAAGAGGAGAAGAGGCCUCCCUAGUAAAUGAAAAUGAGUUACCUUGAACACAGGGCCAGCUGGUUACUUGUGUCUCACGAAUACUUGAAACGGAACCAUAUCAGUCUAAAUUUUUUAUGAAUCAUUAUAACAGUUUUGGUAACCUAUAGGAUCUGUCUAAUACGAGUGCCUUUCAAUUCAGUACGCUCGCUCGAAAGUCGUCAGUGUCCAUUCCUGACACAACACCAGACACUUCUGCUACUAAACUUUGGUACCAGAUAGACCCGUUGAACUAUUUGAAUAAAAUGGGCACAUAAUGCAAUUUAGUUGUAUAAUAAGAGUCACUGGUAUGUGUACAACGAUAUAUAGCAGUUGAAAAUUUACUUCUCAAAAUACAUCACAUUGAUCCGCCAGUUCUUGUGUGAACAGCACAUGCCUGGCAUCAUGCUCCGACAGUGGUAGUGUGUCUGCGGUAUACAUUCCUUCAAAGUUGUAGAGGGCCUGUACGUCAAAGAUGUUCUUAGCUGCUCUGAUGUGAGGAGUAUAAAGUAUGACAGCCUCCACAAUACAUAAUUUUUUAAUACUCGUGACAGACCAGACAUAAAAAAGAGCAAAUUUUGGCAGUCCGCUGUUGUAGCCCCGCACGCUCUUCAGCGUAAAUUCUGUUCCGUGGUGAUGAAGUGCCCCGGCAGGUCCAAAUGUACUGGUAGGCUUUCAUAUCUUUUGCCUUAGUUCAAUGUGCUAUAACAGCUGACUGCCAAUAGCAGUGCCUGCUACCGUUGUGUUGGAGUAUUGUGCCAGAUGUGUUGUGAAGCCACGAAAAUGGAUCGUGGGAAUACGGAAGGGUGGGUGAUACAAGCGAUGUUAAAUUUUAUUUGGCCUCAGUACAGUUGAUGGUACAAGAACACUACAAAACAAGAUAAGCAUCUGUCAGUAUGUGCCCCUAAUACCUACUAAGGGAGCCCUAGCAGUUGCCUGCCUGUAACAACUGCUGGCAUUGAACAAAAAAGUGUCAUAGCAAAGGAUGUUGGUGUGAUAAAAAAAAAAAAAGAACUACAAAGACUGCGUGUUCACGGGGCAUACAUACUUGCAAGAAAAAAGGCUGCCUCUGAUUUCAAACUAUUACUGUCCUCUGUUCACGAUUCAAGCUCUCCAACUGUCAACGGGCCAAACUAACUAGAUGUUCCAACGUUAACCAUAGAAAAAAACAAUAUCACAAAUAAAGACCGAACAUGCCGAACCCCCAUCAUAGCAAGGUAAGAAGAGUAUAACGUUAAUUGUAAGGGAAAAGGCUGAAGUGCUCAGAGGAUGUGAGACGCUGAUUAGAGCCCUGCACGGGCCACAUUUUUAGGCCCCUGCCUUCCUUUCGUGUCCCCAAUCGGCUCAGCGACUGCAUACCUAGCCCAGACCAAGCCCGAAGGAUUUUAAGUUUCUCGGCCUGAAACCACGCUCGAGAUAUCCCCGGCCCCCAUAUCCCCAUAUAACCUGGCCCCCAUAUCCCCGUAUAACCCGGCCCAGUGUAUCAAGCUGUAAAAUUUGACUGUGGAUAACUAAGAGGGGUAACGCAGGCUCGAGCCUGACUUGUAUACGACUGGGCCCAUAAUGAUCAAACCUGAGCCCUGCCCAGGCCCGCAAACGGAAAGCUUUGCCGGGCUCAGGUUUUCGGGUAAGCCUGUGCAGUGCUCCAACACUGAUGUCAAAAGACAAUGCAGGUUGCAUUGCCUGUGCUCAAUCGUAAUGUGUGUCAGUGUGUCAUUGCUUGAAUAGCCUGUAUGAACUAGUCCACGUUGUGGACAAAAUGUCACUUUCUAGGGUAGAGUUGAUCGCACAUGCCGUCCAGUAGCUGCUCGGGUGUCCGUGACAUACAACACGAGCAACUGUCAUUUCAAACCGUCCAUACUGUUGGUGUCGUUCUCAUCAUUUUUCUGAAGUGUACUUUAUAAGAUGUAGGUAAUGCUAGCAAAUGGGUGGAACACACAUGAAAACUGACACCUGCACAAGGCAUACAGGUGACAGGUAGCUACUGCAAAGAGUGCCUGGCUUAGUUAUUUAUACAUCAGUAGUUAUACCUGCAUCUAACACUCAUGCAGAGUGCAUGAAAGGCUGCUGUGGUGCAUAGUACGAAGAAAAUGCAGAUACAUUAACUUGCACGUGCAUGUCAGUGAGUCCGCAUGUGCCAAUAUUGACAAUAAUGGACCUACACAUUGGAGAUCAAACUGUUUUCAUAUGAGGUGCUAUAGAACAACUGCAAUCAAUGUGAAUGUACUAUAUGUCUCACACUUGGUUCUCAUGGGCUUCACGAGAUUAUAGGCGUAUAAUUACAUACGCCUAUCUCGUGACACACGCUAAUCCAAUUUGUGCAGUGCAAUUGCUAGGUAAUUACAAACAGUACUAUAAGUGUCCCGCUUUACAUUUUACCGUACCCCUACGACUGCUGUGGUACCUACAGCCUCGUUUGAGCCGAUGAAUCCAGCUGAGUGGCAUAUCUUUUGCAUAGACAUGCUCUUUGUGCUUUGGAAACGAAUAAUAUUCACAUUGAAAGAACAACAAUCUCACUAUUUUCAGACAGUGGUGUUCAAGAUCUGUUGUGUAUUGUGUAACGAGAUUUAAAAUAAAGUCGGCGCCCAUUGAG